AUGGAGCGGUUAGUAGAAUCUGGUAUCACUGCAACCGUGUUAAACAAUGCUGUGGCUGCAUUUAUUGCAACAAUAAUCAAAGAAAUGGGUCCAAGGACACCUAGACUAUGCCACAAUGAUCUAGAAUCAUUUGAUUAUCUUGAAGACUUAAAUAUCUUGUUUCCAAAAGGAAAGUUUAUUCACAUAGUCCAAGAUGGAAGAGCCACUAUUGCUUCAGAAAUAGCUAGAAACAUCAAUUCUAAUUAUACAUCUGAAAAUAUCACAGAAGCAAUUUUAACUUGGGAUGAUGUAACAACACAAAUACUAGAGGAUUGUGAAAACAUUGGUAGUGGAAAAUGUUUAACUGUACGUUAUGAAUGUUUAGUAUUGAAUCCACUAAGAGAAAUCCAGAAAGUUCUCCACUUUCUCGAAUUGCCAUGGGAUGAAAAACUACUUAAAUAUGGAACUGACUCCAGUCGAACAGAUCAAUUAAUUCACAACAAUUCUCUAGAUGCGUGGUCAAAAGCAAAUUCACUCCUAUCAGAAGAACACAUCGAAUUCAUGAAUGAAAAUUGUUUGGCACUAAAACAGUUGGGUUAUCUUACAGAUGAAAUCCCACCGAAUUAUGCUACAAUCUGCAACAUCUAA